AUGUUUCUUGAUUGCGCCGUACGCCACCUCGUGGACCGUCUGCGAGCACCUUCCGGAGAAUUAGAUCCCAGAUCUACGAAAUGCGCCUCCGGCCAGGCAGCGCAAGCUCAUGGGGACUGUGUUGCAUCAGGUCAGGUUGUGUGCUCGAAUUCUUUUAAGUGCACUCCCGGAGUGCCGAGCACAAAUGGCUCUGGGAAGAAAAGGGGGAAAAGAUCAUCGAAUAACGAUGAAGACCAGGAUCAAGACGAAGAUGAGCGACGUAAGCAACGCAAGCCUACCAAACUGACUCUCGACUCAACAAACCCUGAUCAGCCCAAAUUCGCUUGUCCAUUCUUCAAGCGCAAUCCUCACAAGUACAGAAAUCAUAGCGAAUCCUGUGGGGGGCGUGGUUGGCCUAACAUGGCCCGUUUGAGAGAACAUUGGAAUAAACAUCAUCUUAUCCAUCAAUGCGCCCGGUGUUUCAAGGUUUUCUAUACCGAGGGAGAACUGAACGAACAUGAGUGGGAAUGGCCGCGAUGUCAGGAGCGGGACCCCAGCGAUCAUCACCCAAUCGAAGGUAUUAAUAAGAGAAAGCACAACCUAUUGAAAGGCAAGAAGGGUCCAGCAAGUUCAUCUCCAGAGGACCAGUGGCGUGAGGCCUACAGAAUAAUCUUUAAUGAAUCUGGCGACACCCCUAGUCCUUACUAUGAGGAUAGCGACCAUGUAUGGGCCAACAGCCAACAGCUUCGAGACCGCUUCCGAGCCGAACUUGUGGCCGACCUCAGACCAGAUCUGCCACCUGAACUUCUAGAAACUAGGUUACACUCCUAUCUACGAAGCGUUCUAGAUUCCGAAAUUGAAGCCAUUAUAGUAUCUCACCAACAAACCCAUUCCACUGGCAUCAUCCAAUCAAUCCUACAUCGACCAUUCCCUAUGAUGAAGACCAAACGCCGUUCCCGUGGGGGACAAAUGCUUGUUGACCAAAGUAGUAGUAAUUCAACUGGAAACUUUCUACCAAGGCCGCAAGUUAUGCCUGAGGAUACGAAUGAAUUUUAUGGGACUUCCACAGGAACUUUGCCACCCGAUCUAGACUACGAAGAACUCGCUAUAUUAGGCUUGGAAGGAGGUGAACCUCUAUUGACUGGCGGGGGCAACAUCUUCUCUUCACCAGCUCCAGCCCCAAUUCCAACACUAGGGGACUUGGCAGAAUACCCUCUGAUGAACGACCCUUACAUGCCAACAUUUCCAGAUACAGGUGACAAACUCCAACAAAUGCAACCUUCACUGGAAUUACCGCAGUCAUGCUCUCAAACAGACGCAGCAAGAGGCCAUCACCCCCCUCCACGACGAAGGCUGCGGAUGACGGAAGAGUCAUGGAGAGCACACCUUGCCGCUCAAGCCUGCGAGAAAUUAGACUUUGAAAACGCUGAAGAUGGGCUCCUGCCACAACUAAAAUGCGAGAACAAUGUUCCCACUCAGGCCCUCUCAUCUAUCAAAUCAAAUUCAUUCAAUGAAGGACCAUCGCCACUCCCCAGAGAAGUGAGCCCGGCAUACCAACCUCCAGAACAAGGACAUUUACUUGGGUCCACGGAUGCUGCUUUCCUUACCCUGUUCGACUCUUAAUACUUAGUCGCGCACCAUGAAGGACAAUAAUUUGUAGAUGGUAUUCCAUUAUACUCGAGUUUAGGAAAUGCUAG